AUGUCCAGCCUACAGCCAAUACCUUCCAACUACUCGGACACCGAGUAUUCCUUUCGAGAGGACGAAGCGGACGCCAUCAUCAAAACCGUCGGUUGGGGCAGCUGCUGGUACGAUGAUGUGGUGGUGCGAUUCCCCUCUGAGGGAGCAUGCGGACGUUGUGUCAUCUCUGUCGCAGCCAUUCAGCAGAAGAUCGACAGAACGGCUGGGAUCCCCUUGACUGUCUGCCUCUGGAGUCUGCCUCUGGAGCUUCUACAAGAUGUGAUAUGGCGUCUCGACAUUCUGUCGCUGUUCAGAUUCAGGCAAAGCAACGCGAAAGUGCGAGAGAUGGUGGGAACGCUCAAGGAGUACGGGAUCAUCAUGGACCAUGCCAUCAAUGUAGUCUGUGCCCAUUUCCGCACGUACAAAACUGCAGAAAUCCCCCUUCACGACCUGUCCCAACUGGUGUAUGGCAAAAGCGGCUGCAUCGUCUUCGAAAUUAGAAAAGACAUCAUCAUCUCCAUCCACCAGGCAUGCAAGGUGGCCGGUCUUGAGAGAGAGUUUAUCACAGCUUCAGACGACCAUCAUCAUCAAUCCAUCUCAUGGCCUGCUGCUGUGCCCCAUACUACAAUAGCCAGACCGGCAAAGUCACCCACGGUUUUCGAUGUGCAGGGUGUUACAAGUGGUACAUGGAUCAAGAAGAGUUUUCGUGCCGAAUCGAUGCUGCAUGACCGCAACAGCUUCCUCGAGCACUUCAAGCGAUGUCAGGAAGGCCAGCGUCUCUGGGAAUCAAGUGAUGGAGGCGCCCUGCUGCCGGCACAUUUGUCACCAACACUGCGAAAGUACCGAUUGACUGAGUGA